AUGGUUAUCGCUGUCACUCCCGAGGUCACCCAGCACGUCAAGGACGUGGCUACCAAGCUCGACGUCAUCUCGGACGAGAUCGACGAGGUCAACAUUCUCAAGCUCAAGGAGCGCGACGCCUUCACCUCCGAGUCCAAGUUUGACUCCGAGAAGGACAAGACGACCUUCCGUCAGUAUGAGGACGCCUGCGACCGUGUCAAGAACUUCUACGCCGAACAGCACGCCAAGCAGACGCUCGAGUACAACCUCCGCAUCCGCAAGCAGUUCCAGGACAAUGUCCGUGCACGCAUGACGGUCUGGGAGGCAAUGGAGCUCCUCAAUGAGCUUGUCGACGAGAGCGACCCCGACACUUCGGUCGGCCAGAUUGAGCAUCUCCUCCAGACCGCAGAGGCGAUGCGCAAGGACGGCAAGCCUGACUGGAUGCAGCUCACCGGCCUCGUGCACGACCUUGGCAAGCUUCUCUGCUUCUUCGGAGCCGAGGGCCAGUGGGACGUUGUGGGCGACACCUUUGUCGUCGGAUGCAAGUUCUCGGACAAGAUCAUCUACCCCGAGACCUUCAAGGCCAACCCCGAUUACAACGACCCCAAGCUCAUGACCGAGAACGGCAUCUACGAGCCGGGGUGCGGUCUCGACAACGUCCUCCUUUCGUGGGGCCACGACGAGUACCUCUACCACAUCAUGAAGCGCCAGUCGACUCUUCCUCGCGAGGGCCUCUCCAUGAUUCGCUACCACUCGUUCUACCCCUGGCACCGUGAGGGCGCCUACCGCCACCUCAUGAACGACGACGACCACAAGCAGCUUGAGGCCGUCCUCGCGUUCAACCCCUACGACCUCUACUCCAAGUCGGACGCGCCCGUCAAGGUUGAGGAGGUCAAGGAGUACUACAUGGGUCUCAUCAACAAGUACAUGCCCGGCGUCAUCGAGUGGUAG